AUGGAGAAGGAAGGGAGAGCUCAUCAUGCACAUGUAUUGGUUGUUCCAAUGCCUGGCCAAGGCCACAUUAACCCAAUGCUCCAGUUCUCCAAGAGAUUACACUACAAAGGGCUCAGAGUUACAAUGGCCAUCACCAAGUCUCUUGUCAAGUCGAUGCACGGCCAAACUGGGCCUAUAAGACUCGAGACAUUCUCCGACGGCUUUGACGACGGUUUUAAGAUAGAAAACAACUUUGUGGAAUACUUUGAGAGUUUGAAGAAGGUGGGCCCACAGACCUUAACAGAACUCAUCAAGAAACAAGAAAGCUUGGGUGAUCCUAUAAGCUGUGUUGUGUAUGACUCUUUUCUCCCCUGGGUUCUUGAUGUGGCCAAACAACUCAACUUAAUUGGUGCUGUCUUCUUCACUCAAUCUUGUGCUGUUUCCAUUAUUUAUUACUAUGUGCAAAUGGGUCUACUCACAGUACCAGUGGCUGGCCCAGUCACUUCUAUCCCCGGAUUGCCACCACUUGCAAUCCCCGAUGUGCCAUCUUUUGUUUAUCUAAAUAAUGAAUCUUACCAAGCGUUUCUGACCUUCGUUUUAAGCCAAUUUCCCAACAUCGACAAAGCAGAUUGGCUCCUUUUCAACUCAUUUGACAAGCUAGAGCUGGAGGUAGUGAAUUGUAUGGCAAAGCUACUGCCGGUGAAGACGAUCGGACCAGCCAUGCCAUCGAUCUACCUCGACAAGCGAGUUGAAAGCGAAGAAGGUUACGGCCUUAAUCUUUUCAAUCCUAAUGCAGACACCUGUACGAAUUGGCUAAACAUGAAGGAAACUGGAUCUGUUGUUUAUGUAUCCUUUGGAAGCCUUGCUAAACUUGGAGAUGAGCAAAUGAAAGAAUUAGCAUUGUGUCUGAAGGAGAGCAAUAAUCAUUUCUUGUGGGUAGUGAGGCAAUCAGAAGAGAAUAAGCUUCCUAGCAAUUUUGUGGAAGAGACAUUGGAGAAGGGAUUGGUGGUCUCAUGGUGUCCUCAAUUGGAGGUGUUGUCUCACAAGGCAGUAGGGUGUUUUGUGACACAUUGUGGGUGGAAUUCAACUUUGGAAUCUUUGAGCUUAGGUGUACCAAUGGUGGGAUUGCCACAAUGGACUGAUCAGCCAACGAAUGCAAAAUAUAUUGAGGAUGUAUGGGGAAUGGGAUUGAGAGCUAAAGUGGAUGAAAAAGGGAUUGCAGUAAAGGAAGAGAUAGAAGCAUGUAUAAGUGAAGUUAUGGAAGGAGAGAAAGGAAAAGAGAUUAAAAAGAAUGGUAUCAAAUGGAAAGAGCUUGCCAAAGAGGCAGUUGAUGAAGGUGGAAGUUCAGACAAGAACAUCCAAGAAUUUGUUGCUCUAUUGUGUCAAGCACCCUGAGCCUGAAGGUG